AUAUGCGACUAUACACAAGUCGAAUUCUAUUGCGACCACAUCCGCUACACAGUUCGAGCAUGGUGUACUAACUACGAGACAACCUAUAAACGCUGCCCCUCUAGUGUUGUGGCGAUCGAGUUUAGGUACGUUGAAAUCAAUUCGCAGGUAUCUAAUACACCAAAUAAGAAACACAGAGAUGAAUACUGCGGUGAUUGCCGUGCCCUAGUAAUCAAUCCCUCGUGGACGAAGAAUUCUCGGAUCCAAACUUAA